UGUAUCGCGGCCAUUCUCUCUUUCUGAAUAACCAUGAUUACUACAACGAUGAAGAUGACGCAUCAAGAAGAAGAUGAUCAUGAAGAGGACUUAUGCGAUGCAAAGAUGAAUCCGAAUGACAAGCAAUUGAAUGAUGGUGAUGUUGAUGAUGAUAACAAUGAGGAAUCUUCCAGCGAAGAAGUGACAUCAUCUCAUGCUAAACCCAUCGGCAAACAUGUUAGGGUUUCAAAGAAUGGAAGAAAACAUUUUCAAUCCUUUGAAUUGGAUAAAAACCGAUACACACUGGAGGACACUGUUCUUCUUGCGCCUGAGACCCAAGACAAAAAGCCGUUCGUUGCAAUUAUUAAGGACAUUGAACAAUCCCUAAAAGGGAACUUGAAGAUCACAACGCAUCUUUUUUACCGUCCAGAUGAAGCAGAAAGAAGGAGAGGUCAUACCUGGAAAUCGAAGAUCAAGAGAGAGUUAUUUUAUAGUUUCCACCAAUAUGUUGUUCCGGCAGAAAAUGUUAUGCAUACAUGUGCGGUUCAUUUCAUUCCGGUACACAAAAAACUUCCAACAAGUAAGGAGGUUCCUGGGUUCAUUGUGCAAAAGGUGUAUAACACAAAAGAAAAGAAAUUAAGGAAUUUAACUGAUAAGGUCUACGACGACAAUCAGCAACAAGAAAUGGAUAACCUUGUUCAGAAAACUAUUCAACGUUUGGGUGAAUUACCAGACAUCAUUGUUGAUAAAAAAGAUUUAACGAAAAAGAGUAUUUCACCUCAUUACGACAUAUUAGUGAAAUUUAAUGCACUAACGGGAGAGACCAGUCGGGACGAACAUUUGGUGAUGCUGCUUCAAAAUGUUCAAUAUUUGUUUGAUUCUGAUGACAAUUCUGAUGCAAUCAGCAAUGGAAAUUCGAAGUCUUUUGUCUGGCCAGAUGUUGCUGUUCAAGCUGUAGUUGCUCUGGAGAAAGCUUCACAUGAUACAUUUUCACCAAAUUAUCAGAAUUACAGUGAAAAGAUACAAAAUUUGGCAUUUAAUCUUAAGGUUAACAAUGUAUUUUUGUUACGCUCUCUAUUAAAAGGAAAGCUAGAACCUUCAAAAAUGUUGAGUAUGACACCUACUGAAUUGAAGGAUUUUUAUGAUUGA